AUGGAUGAAAUAAUAACAAAGUGGAAAAACUUCUCUGAUGCUAAGAAAUACAGAGAGGCUUAUGAUGUUGUUACAACUGCAAUACAGCAGGGCAUGCAGCAUUCUGACCUCUAUUGGCGUAAGGCCUGCAGCUGCAGAGACUUAGCUAAUUCUUACGGUAAAAGUGAUAAAAAUGUAUACAGGUGGUAUGUGCAAGACGGACUUGCAGCCUGUGAAGCAGGACUUAAGUUGAAUUCAGAAUGUCCAAAGUGCAACUCGUGGUAUGCAGUAUUUCUGAAUUACACAACCCAGCUUGAAGGGAUAAAUAAGCGCAUAGAAAACUCAUUCAAAAUGAGGGAACAUUGGCUGAAAGCGUAUAAAGCGGACCCUAAAGACUACGGAACAUUACAUGCUCUGGGAAGAUGGUGUUUUGAAGUAGCCGAUCUUUCGUGGAUGAAGAGAAAAGUUGCUGCAGCCCUUUUCAGUACACCCCCAACAUCUUCAUACGAAGAGGCCUUAAGGUUUCUUAAUGAGUCAGAAAAUGUCGCUCCAGGUGCUCUUGUGAACAAUUCUCUGUAUUUAGCGAAGACUUAUCAUAAACUGAAAAACAACGGACUUGCAAGAGAAUAUUGUAUGAAAGUUUUGGGUUUCAAAGGAGACGAUUUGGAGACCGAAGAGGCAAAAUCUGAAGCUUCUGAACUGCUGAAGAAAUUGUAG